CUGGCAUGGGGCAAGGGAAUGACACCUAACGGACACACCAGGACAGGGACUACAAUAUUUCUACUGCCCACAUUGGUUGUCUUCACCCAGCAGCUUCCCUAAAACAGGAGGAGCACCACAAUCAGCUUUGAGUUGGGAAUCCAUCUCGUCUGUGGCUGAAUGGAAAUGGCAAUUCAAUUCAAAGGGAAGUUCCUCCUCCUCCUCACUGCUACCUUUAUCUUCAUCAUUGCCAUCACUAUGAGAACACCCAGAAUCAACAAGUCUGUCCCAAAGCCACAUGGACCUCCAAGCACAUGCUCCUUAAACAUCUCUGAGCAAACCAUCACCCCCCUCACCAACACCAAGCACUUGCUGGUGUCAGCCUACAUGGACCAGAGAGUGAAUGGUUUGGAUAUACGCAUCAUUGGCAUAUUCAGGAGAGACUCCGUCCAACCCCUUCACUGUUUUUUCUGCUGUGCAGGCCAUUUAUCAAGAAAAACAACUCCAGCAACAAUUUUACAACACUCAGAUCACUUUGGUUUUCCCUUCGUCACUACAGAUGUCAUGUGUCAGAUUCCUCAAAACUGCAAAGCUACAUAUGUCACUCUUCUGCCUCAGCCAGACCAAGUGUUUGUACCUGACCAGAUCUGGCUCCCCAUAAGAAACCAGAGGACCGAUGAGAAGGAAGAGAAAGAGUUGCAGUUUAACUUCACAGUCUGUAUCUCCAACCUGUUUGGAGACUAUAACAAUGUGCUUCAAUUUGCACAGACCCUGGAGAUGUACAGGCUGCUUGGUGUGGACAGAGUGGUUAUCUAUAACACUAGCUGCGGCCCAGACCUUAAUCGCCUGUUGCAGAGUUACAGCCAGGAGGGUUUUGUGGAGGUGGUUCCUUGGCCCAUCAACAAGCAUCUGAAUCCAUCUCGUGGCUGGCUCUUCUCAGAGCACGGAGGAGACUUACACUACUUUGGCCAGCUGACAACGCUUAAUGAGUGCAUUUACAGAUCAAUGGACCGGUCAAGCUACGUACUGUUGAACGACAUUGAUGAGAUAAUAAUGCCAUACCAACACAACAGCCUAAUGCCGCUGAUAAACAUGCUUGAACAGCAGCAUCCAAAUACAGGGGUGUUCCUCAUUGAAAACCAUAUCUUUCCCAAGCACCAUUUCGAGCCAAGUAGGAAGUUUGACCUGCCUCAGUGGAAAGGGGUGAUGGGAAUUAAUAUUCUGGAGCACAUCUACAGGGAGGAGCCCCAAAGAAAUAUAUAUCACCCACAUAAGAUGAUAGUUCAGCCAAGGUUGGUGGAGCAGACCUCUGUGCAUGAAGUGCUCAAGAAUUUUGGAAAGCAGUACAAGGUUCCACCAGAAGUGUGUCGGAUCGUUCACGUCCGUGUGGCUCUGCAGGGGUCGUUAAAAAUGGAGCAGCUCUAUGAAGACAAAAGACUGUGGGACUUCCACGAAAAACUGAUUCCCAAUGUGGACAAGGCAUUAAAAAGAGUAGGGCUACUGAACUCAGAGAGGCAGAGCUGAUGUUCGAUGACAGACAUUCAGAAUGACACAUUGAUGAUGAUGAAUGAGCACCCUCAACAGCAGGAACAUUUAAUAACAUCCUGCUAAAAUCUUGGCAGGAGACAUCAAUGCUAUUGUUUUUUGAAAUGUCUUCUUUUGCACCUGAGGGCAACCACUGCCAUAUGGUUUUUGCUGCCGCUGCUGAUGCUAAGAACUACACUGUUGAAUGCUGCUCAGUUGCCAACAUGAAGAGUGCUAAACUUUUGAUGAACUGUAGCGAUAUUGAGUGGUAUAUGGGGUUGUAACCAGUUGCAACCCCCUCUGCCUGCAUCUUUUCUUUGAAGUUGUUAUUUUGAAUAUUGAAACUAACAAUAUCACACCUCCACACCCUCUCACACUCAAAGAGUAUGCUCUCCCCAGCUAACAGUUUCACUCAUAUAGAGGGCAUUGUCAGUGGAAGCCUCCACAAUAAUUUCCUCCCGCAUGCCAAACACUCUACAUUUAUCAUAUUUUAUUGUGAAUUAAACAAGACUAGAGCUGAAAACUCAAAGCUGCUGCACCACCAGUUCUGUGAGCGCAGCGCGGGACAACAAAAUGCCAUUGGGGAGUUGUCCACUGCAGUUGUCUAUUUUUGAUCAAAAAUUUGAAAAAAUAAUAAGUAAGAUUAUGUUUUGAAAGCAGCAGAUCAACCAACAAUUAAUUCAUUUUUGCCUUGUAGAUACAGGCACAAGUGAAAUAGUUAAAGUCCAUGUAAAGGAAAAUCAGAGAUUUCUUUAUAAACACAUUAUACAUGUUAGAAAAUAAUUGCUGAGAGCGUGAAGAGACUGUCAACUAUGUAGUACUGAAUUAUGGAUUUAGAGCGUUAAACUGUCUUUCACCAUCUCUGUGUUCAGGAUUUUUCAGGUGGGCUUGAAAUGGUGGCUCAAUGAUGUAGAUGGGUCACUAAUGUAACCCCUACCCCACUACAUAAACACCAAAGCGCACAUACUCAUAGUUACUGUUUUUACAUCGAGUGAUUUUACAAACUGUCACCAGAUACACCUGGGAUUCACUUCAGAUAAUCGCUGUUGCGGGUAAAUAGGGCCAUAGGGUUUCGGCUGCCGCCCGCCACUUUGGCUUCAGCACUGGCUAUGCAGCUGGGAGGUCCCCGACCAGAGGGAGAGCAUUUGCUGGGCAGCACUUAACCAAAAAGCACAGCGUUAGAAUCUUUUGCUCCAAUGGUGACAGCCACAAUGAAGCCACUAUAAGCAGUAUUCUCUACUCUGAAACAUCCCCAGCGUUUCAAAGUAGAGAAUACUGCUUAUUUUUCCAUGAUCUUGAAACCUAGUUUUAUAUACUUGGUCAUUUUUUAUUAUUUAUUCAAAUUUGGCUGGGUGGUUAAUUACACAUUUUUGGGUGGUCAGAACACAUAUUUAUUUUUGGUUUACAUGGACUUUAAAACUACAGUGAAAAGCAAGCACUAAAGUACAAAACAGUUUUCUCUGGAAAAAAAAAUGUAGCGACGCUGGAAAUAGGACAGCAGCGUGAAGUGUCGCGGGGCAGCACAUCGACAUGCUCCAGUGUGGGAGUUGUACAUAGAAAAUAAUAGGGAUGGCUGUUUUGAUAUGCACUGUUUGGCAGCGGCAUGUUUUGGCCUUAAGAGUCUACAGCCAUGAUAGUGUCUCUAUGACCCACUAAAAUAAAAUAAGUAAAUUUAUUUAAAUUUGCAGUUCAUGUUGUGAUUUAUUUAUAAUUUUUUUGAGUAUAUGGUUGGUAUUUAAAUUUCUGAAACUGAUGAGCCGACACUCACAGUGUUCCAGUACAGUAUGAAUAUGAACAACUGACUGCAACAGUACAAAUGCCUUCCAGGAGAGAAAACAUGCGCUAAUAUCCUCAUAUUUAAACAAUAUCCUGAGUGACUCACUAUGACUGAGUAGUUGCUGUAGUUUCAAUACAAGAGGCUUGCGGCAUUACACCAACAUUAAGGACAUAAAGGAAGCAACCAUGGUUCUGGUGAAAAGAUUACUGUUGCAAACAUUAAAGCCAUUAUGUAUAGAAGUUCUUUGUAAUCUUAAAUUAUUCUGAUAGCAGGACAACAAGUUUUUUGUUUUAGAGACAAAUGAAACUGUGUCGGUGAAAAUUGGUGCAGUGUUUGAAUUGCUUUCAGCUCCAUUCAUCUCAGAAGAUCUGCCUUUUUUAUGGCACAAUUACUUGCUUUGUCUUUGUUCAGUUACUAACCUCUGCUGUCAUGUGUGUUCUCCAGGGUGUUUGGGUUUAAAGAGCCCCCAGGGUGUCCGAUCACCAAUUAAAAGAUACCGGAACGAACCAAGUGAUAAAAUAGUGAGGGAUGUGAUUUGGCAUACGUUUUGCAUAUUUUUCUUUUGUACUUGGGGGCAAUGUAACAAGCUGUACAUCAUCUUAUCACCUUGCUGCUGUGCCAUCUGAGCUUAGCUGCAGUUUAGAAACAGUUCUGCUAAACUGGAACUAGCUGAGUUUUAAAAUGCAGCUGCGUCACUCAGAUGAAUCUGACUGAACAAGUCAUGUACCUCACUUACUUUAAUUACUGACAAACUGACAACAUGACCUCAUCGCUGGUGCAUUGAUUAAUACUUAGUUGCUACAAACCUCUUCAGUUUUGUCAGAUAAUUAUCAACCCCCUUUCUAGCAUCAAAACUGAACUGAGGCAGAUGUGAUACCUUUUUAAAUGUAAUCACACAAUUACAUUAGUUUGACACAAUGAAUCCACUAACUCCUGAGGAAAAUAUCUGGCUCUUUGGCUGCUAAAUGCUACAGUGUGUACACCAGCUAGUUUCUAACUUUGCCUGAAAGGCUGAAAGGCACUCUGUAGCGAUGAGGGGAAUUGCAGAGUCAGAUGAUAAUUCUUCCUGGGUUUGUCACGAGCAACUCAAUCUGAUACAUUCUUCAUAUAAAAGUAAUGAUUAGAUCAGCUUUAAAGGUGUAAUAUGUAAGAAUCAGAAAUUCCUUCUCAUUAAUGACAAUGGUGGCUGUCAAGUAAGCUGCAGUCAGCAUCCUGUUGCUGGCCCUUGUGUAUGUGCUUGGCUGCUUGCCCUCCGUCAGAGCGAGCAGCAGCUAAAACCACAAUAGCACAAUAUAUUUCUCAUGCUUUGCAGUAAUGUUAGCUUACUUGGACUCUGUGUUGUGGUGGGUGCCGAUCAUUGUUAGCAGUGGUGCACCCUGUUGGCACUGUAGGGGGGCACGAGAGAGGCAAGGCACUUUGCAGUGUGCAGAAACGGCAAAUCCUUUGGAUUUCCUGGCAAAACUAUCCCGUGUCCUUUACAUAGAAAUCUGUCCACAGACUGUUAUAGGCAACCAAGAAAGUUGGGGAAGAUCUCAUUUUAUUAUUUCUUCACAUUCUCUUGAUAAUUUUAGUUAAUUUUUGAAUGUUUUGAACUAAAAUUCUUACAUAAUUCUACAUAUUGCACCUUUAAAGCCUAUUGUAGAAUUGGGAAAUGUGUCACUUUGGCGCCCCAAGUGGUAGUAUAAAAAAAAAAAAUACAGUGGCAGACAGCAAUAGUAGUGGCAGACAACGAGUAGUAGGGCAAAUGUGGUCAUUUCUGCCAUGCUUUUCCAUUAUAUUUUACAAACAGAAAUAUCAGAUGUAUGCCAUUGGAAAGGGUCACAGCUUCAGAUGUACAUCAUUUAAAAGGUGACAGCAGGAUAAAUGUAUAAAGUCUUCCCUGAUGUAAACAAAGAAAGUAAAACUAAAAUUCUGUUAUGUUAUGUUAUUGGGUUUUGUUGUAGUUGAGAUACAUCCGCUUGACCAAUCACAAGCGACGGCUGCCCUGUGAGCACCCUGGACUACAUUCCGGGUACUUCCUGAAACUUAUUAUUUAGUAAUAAACUCAGAACUUAGAAAUUUAGUGCCACCUCCUGAAAGGUGCUGAAAUUUAGCUCUUGACACUUGUCUCAAAAGCGGGCAGAGGACAGUGGAAACAAAAGCAGAACCAGACAAAUUCAGUUAUGGGUCAGUAAGUCCCAGUAAUGGAAAAACACCAUUGGAAAAAUGGACUAAAAGCAAUCAACUGCACUACUUUUCACCAAGAGGGUAAUUUUUUUUCCUACAAACAAAAACAAUAUAUCAUCAGAAUAAUUUAAAAGAUGUUAUAAUGACAUAAAAAAGCCUACACAUAGUGGCUUCUUUAAAGGCUGCUUGCAUUGCUGUGACUGACAGAAACUAUUUGUUUCCAAGUUUACAGAUUUUCACGUCUACUUGGUUUAAUAACUUUGGGAAAGAGGUGAAUAAGAAAAAUGUUUAAUUCAUGAAGGAGAGUGUUAAUCGUUUAUUUAAAUUGCAGAUUUUAGCUAGUUUAGGUCUCCCUCUGUGCCAACAGCUGCAUGUACAGCAUGUAUUAUGUUUUGUUUUGUUUUUUUGACUACCAGACAUGGCACAAGUGUAACUGGGAAGGCCAUGAAAAAUCAUGAAAACUUCCAUGUGAUUUCUUAUCAGUCUGUAGGUACGGUAUGUUUACCCAAAUCAACCAAUAGAUCAUUGUUCCUGUUAGGGGUUGAUCAGUGCAGAUAACUGUGGAAUUUUUGUUUGCAGUCAGAUGGUGGAUGACGUAAUGAGUUACAAUGACCUCAGGGAAUGUUUUUGUUCAUUCGUUUCUUAAAUGUAAUAACUGAUUUUUACCUAAUGGGUAAUAUAUUGCUGCAGUGUGAGUGUGAGUCAAUCAUUUCCCUUGUCAAGAAUGAAUGAAAUGCUUUUCAGUGAGAACUGGUAAAA